AUGCAUCAAUGGAGAUAUGCUCUUGAGAUACUGAAAAAGUGUGAAAUGAAGCAUUAUAAUGUUGUCAUUUCUCCAUCCAAACCAAGGUUGCAAUUGCCUAAGAAUGAGGAUGAGGAAAUUGUUGAUCCAACUCAAUAUGGGAGGUUGAUUGGAUCUUUGUGUUACUUGUGCAAUACGCGACCGGACUUAGCAUUUAGUGUUCGUAUUGUGAGUGGAUUCAUGGAGAGACCGAAAGUGUCUCAAAUGGCAGCAGUCAAGAGGAUCCUACAUUAUGUCAAAGGUUAUGUUGGACGCGGAAUACUCUUUCCCGUAGUGGAUACGGGCAGAAAAUACAAUUUGCUUGGUUUUACUGAUUCUAAUUGGUGUGGAGAUAAGGAUGAUCGAAAGUCUAUAGCUGGAUACAUCUUUAUGUUCGGUGUGACACCAAACUCUUGA